AAAAGUGUAACUAUCCGUCUAGAAUAUACAAAUAGUAUAAGUAACAGGGUUUUGAUGGAUUGAACCCCAAAUGCUGUUCUGAGAAGGAAAAUGGCCGCUACUUGGGCCAGCAACUGGGCUGAAUUAUGCCAUACACUUACCCUGGUACUGGACCAAUAGAAAAGGCUCAAACCCUUGACUUGAACAGAACCAACGGGAUUAUUCCCGAAAGUAGCAGAAGCAUACAAACGCAGAACAAAUUAUCGCAACUCCUAUGAAGCAGAUUGGAAACUCAAAAAUAUCAAGGAUCAUGUUCUUUCUCCAACAUUCACGAUUUCUCCACACCCUUCUCUUUUUCUUUAUAUAUAUAAGCCCUCCCAAGAACCAUCCGAAAGCAGGGUAGAGUGAUCAGUCAGCAGCAAAAAUUCUUUCUCGCAUAUAAUUGUUGGUUUUCUUUAGUAGUUUGAGCUGAAUUCAGUCUUUGAUGGCGGCUAAAACCUUAGCGUGCUCGCCUUUUGUAUCAAACAAUGUUGUUGGGACAGCAAACAGGGCUUCCGUCGGGCCUUGUUCCGUGUUUUUCCCCUCUGCAUGUAAUUUGAGAAGGCGGUCAUCAUCACUUGGCAGAGCUCGGGCUGCCGGUGAAAAUAAUGAUACAGCGGUCGACGUGCAUCAUCUUAGCAGCGGGCAACGCGGCACCAAUCAGGACACCGCAGUGGAAAGGCGUCCGCGGAGGCUGGCUGUCGACAUCUCUCCUUUCGGAUUGCUAGACACCCUAUCUCCUGUGCGGUCGAUGCGCCAAAUGAUCGAUACCAUGGACCGACUGUUUGAGGACGCUGUGGCAUUCCCUGGAGCAACAUCAGAGCUACGAGCACGAGCACCGUGGGACGUCAAUGAGGAUGAAAAUGAGAUUAAGAUGAGGUUCGACAUGCCUGGACUCUCGAAAGAAGACGUAAAAGUCUCUGUAGAGGAUGAUGUGCUUGUGAUUAAAGGGGAGG